AUGGAACUGUUGGCAGGCUCUAGUGUGUCAAGGUUGUCACACUCCGUCGAAAGUUCGCCUCGCGGUCCAGGAAUCGCCGCUGACUUAACAGCUACGAGCACCAAAAACUCAAAAAUUCCGCCUGUCUAUUUGACAGACGACUCGCACCCUGGCAAUGUGAACGCAAUGGAAAACGAGUGGAAAACCCCUUGGUCCGAUAAAAAACAGACACUGAUGCAUCCCGCAUCCCCGGCUUCAAGCGAGAAAUCGGGUCUCUCCUCGAGCUCACAGACAUCCCUUGAAACUUUCAUUCCUCCUAGGACUUCGUCGGACGAGGACUUUCUCAAAAGUCCGGGAACAAUCUCCACAUCCUCCACUGAAGCAUCCACAAGUCGGGAGCUUUCGCUUGGCGACGAGUUGGGACAUUCUUCUCCAGAGGCAACUUCUCAACGUGUCAAUCAAGCUAGUACCAUAUACCGCCAUCUUUUGACCAACGCUGAGAAGCCACAGGUCCAACUAGAGAAAAACAGUUAUUGGGGUCGGCUCACGACGUAUUUGGAUCGAGCCAAGGGUUAUUCACCAUUUGGUCGUCCUAAAACCGUAUUGCAGCUUACUGAAACCGAUGCAUCAGAACUCAACAUCUUUCUUUUGCGCGCACGCCAAAAACUAAACGCGGAAGACACCAAGGUUCUAAAUGAAUAUUACCAAACCUUCUCGGCGUUCAGUAAGAAAUCGACGACGAUGAUUCAAUCCAAUCCAGACAGUUACGAAUUCCUGUCAGAGUGGGAGAAAAAACAUUUUAUCGCUCAUACCAUCAUGAGUAAUUUCUUCAAAAAGAUAUUGUCAGACAGCGAGUUCUCGAGAAGGGAGAAUGUUUUUCAUCUGCAAAGAGAGCAGUAUCGAAUCGUCGCGGGCUGGGGAAAACAGGAGAAGUCUAUCCAACAGGCGACUGGCUAUCUGGAGGAAGAGGUCAAAGGAUUCGGAAAUCUGCUCGGAGGAAAAGAUUUUUUCCCUUCGUUCGACAAGGUGGACUCACAGGCGACCUUGAAUCAAAUCGAAUCUUUGGAGAAAGAAAAGCCCAGACUAGCGAAGGCUUGGGAAGACUAUUUGCAACCCGAAGAGUAUGACUCACGGAUCCAAUUGCUGAACACUUUGGCGCAGUUGAAGAAACCUCAUCAGAUCCCGUCGGAAACGAUUUCUGCAUGGAGAGCGCAAGGACUAGAUGUAGACAGAAUGCUGAAGAUUGUCGACUACAGACCGGGAAAGAUCGAGCAACUCGUCGAGGAAGGACCACGUGGAAAGACACAAUUCGAAAACCUAGAAACCUAUCAAGCCGGCAGGAGACUGUUUCUUACUGAAAACGUCUACGGAAUACCGUGGUCACAAAGUCUCGAGCAUUAUCAAUUGAUGCAAGCAUCUGAAGAUGUAAAACUCAAGUAUGUCGAUCUCAGCAAAGCACUCCGAGGUCCUCCCAGGAUAGCACCAGCACCUCUUCCAAUUAGUCCCCAGACACCACCAACACCUCUCGAACUCAGAACUUUCUCCUUAUCCAUUAGCAUUCCCCAAAGCAAAUAUAACUUUGUUCAGAAAUUUGUGAAAUUUGUGGGAUUAAACUCCAAACCUUUCUGAAAAGCAACAAGGUUAGCUUUGACUCUGAUUCCAUUCUAUAGCAAAUUGAGACUGAAAGUUGGAUAAUUUGAAACUGCCUGUCAAUUUCAUUCAUUUCCUGUCCCUUCUCUUGUCCCUUGUUGUUGUUGUUUUUUCUACCAAUAUUUUCUUUCCUACUUACAGACACAAACAAAUUUAAGAUAAUC